GCGAUGGUGAACCUCCGCCCGCUUCUGCUGCUGACGGCCCUGCUGCUGGCCCAGAGAUGCUCGGCUGCUGAUCGGCAGGGCAUGCCCGUGCAGGGCAAGGUGGCCGUGCCAGAUGGCGUGUCUCUAGCGCAGGCGGAGGUGUCCUUGCAACUGGAAGGCGGGCGGCGGCUGCUGGCCUUCCCGCUGCAGGACGGCAGCUUCUCCUUCCCCGAGGUGCCGGUCGGAGUGCACACGCUCAGCAUCCACUUCAGCAUGCAGCAGCAGAGCCUGCUCUUCCCCACAGUCAAGCUGGACGUGGGGGCCUCCCAGCAGGGCAAGGUGGAGGCCAUGGCCGCAGACGUCCCAGGGACCCCUGUCAUCUCCUACCCACUGCUGCUGCGCCCCUUCUCUCGAAUGGAAUACUUUGAGAAGCGGCAGCCCUUCAACCCCAUCGCCUUCUUGAAGACGCCCUACGGCAUGAUGGGCGCCUUCAUGCUGUUUUCCAUCUUCAUCAUGCCCAAGCUCAAGGUGGACCCAGAGGAGUACAAGGAGAUGAUGGGGGAGCGCGACCGCGGCGCCGCCACGCCCGCCACCAUUGCCGCCGCGGCGCAGCGCGAGCAGGGCCGGAGGCGUAACGACUGAGCUGCCUUGUAUGUGUUGCACGCUUAUGUAAACUUCCUUGUGUC